CGAUCUCCGUCUCCGUCCCACUCGUUGCGUGAAAACAACAAUCACCGUCGCCUCGAAAGUGGUUCGAAAAAACCUUUAAAAUGGUAAAUAAUCAGUUGAGAACAAUAUACGCAUUUGCACGCGAGAUGUAUCCGAGAAACACGAAAACGCAAAUCCAAUAUGGGACGGCGGGAUUUCGCACCAAGGCGACGAUGCUGGAUUACGUCGUGUACCGCAUGGGGCUGCUGGCGGUCCUCAGGGGUCGGUACAAAAAAGCUUGCAUUGGGGUUAUGAUUACUGCCUCCCACAACCCAGAACCUGAUAAUGGGGUUAAAUUAGUUGACCCUAUGGGGGAAAUGUUGGAACAAUCAUGGGAAGAAUGGGCAACUAAAAUAGCCAAUGUUCCCGACGACCAACUGGAGUCGGUGGUGAGCGAGAUCGUGAAGGAGUUCAAGAUCGACAACAUGAACGAGCGCUUCGAGGUGUACAUCGGCAAGGACACGAGGCCGAGCAGCCCGAGCCUGGCCGAGGCGGCGGCGCACGGGGUGCGCGCGAUCGGCGGCAAGCCGAUGGACUUCGGCAUCGUGACCACGCCGCAGCUGCACUACUUCGUGCGCUGCCGCAACUCGAGGAACGAGUACGGCCAGCCGAACGAGGUCGGCUACUACACGAAGCUGUGCACGGCGUUCAAAAAGUUGCGCGGCGACGGUUACAGCAACGGCAAGUACGAGAACACGAUCGUUUACGACGGGGCGAACGGCGUGGGCGCCAAGAAGGUCAAGUUUUUGAAGGAGGUGCUCGGCGAUGCCUUGAAGAUCGAGAUGUAUAACGAUGAGAUUAUAGGGUCUGGAAAGUUGAACCAUUUGUGUGGGGCAGAUUUUGUAAAAUCUCAGCAAAAAUUCCCCACAGGCGUUCCAAAUAAACCAAACGUGAGAUGUUGUUCGGUUGACGGUGAUGCUGACAGGCUAGUUUAUUAUUAUAAAGAUGAUAAAGAUGUUUUACACUUAAUGGACGGCGAUAGAUUAGCAACAUUGAUAGCUUCAUACAUAAAGGAAAUUUUACAAGAAACUGGAAUUGAUUUGAACUUGGGAUUGGUGCAAACUGCUUAUGCCAAUGGUGCUUCAACAGAAUAUAUUACAAAACAGUUGAAAGUCCCUGUAAGCUGCGUACCAACAGGAGUGAAACACCUCCACCACAAAGCCCUAGAUUACGACAUCGGAGUGUACUUCGAGGCAAACGGGCACGGUACGGUCGUGUUCAGCAAAAACGCCAAGCAAUCCCUCAAAAACGAGGCGCAAAGCAACAGGAAAUCGGCGGAAGAGAAGCGGGCCAUCGCGAAGCUACUCGAUCUCAUCGAUGUCGUCAACGAAGCCGUCGGCGACGCCAUAUCCGACAUGCUAUUGGUCGAAACCAUCCUGCACGCCAAAGGCUGGGAUAUACAGGAGUGGGAGAAAACCUACGAGGACUUGCCUAAUAAGUUACUUAAAGUGGUUGUUGAGGACCGCAACAUCUUCGCCACCACCGACGCCGAGCGCCGCCUGGUCGCCCCCGAAGGCCUCCAAGAACAAAUCGACGCUCUAACGUCGAAAUACCCCAAGGGCAGAUCUUUCGUGCGCCCUUCGGGCACCGAAGACGUGGUUCGCGUGUACGCGGAGGCGGCGAGCGCCGCCGACGUCGAACGGCUGGGCGCCGAGGUGGCGCUCAAAGUUUUUCAGCUCGGAGGCGGCGUAGGGACGCCGCCCGAGCUUGCGCAGUAGGCUUUUGCGGGGGAUGGGAGUGGAGAUUUAACGGUUCGGAGAAAACGGGAAUGAUCGAAAAAAGUUUUUUUUGACCAUUGGUAAGAAAAAAAUUAAUUAUUUUUUUCGGGGAUUUACCGAAAUGCGGAGGAAAACGUUGCUGUCCCAAUAGAGUAAUUGCAUCAAAAAUGAAAAUCCCUAAAAACCUUUUUAAUGUAACCUAGAGGUAAAAACACAUUGCG